AUGAUCGGUGUUGGCAUCUUAGCUCCCGGAGCGGGGAGCAUGCAGGUUACGGUUAAGACUGACCUGGUCCACGGGUUCACGUCUGUUACAAACAUUGUUUUUGCUUUCGAUUGGCAAUCUCUUCUGACCAAAUCAGCUGGACAUGCCGCCUUCUUCGGAUUUGCCGCCGAGUUGAAGGACCCGCGGGACUUCCCCAAGGCUCUCUGUCUUUUACAGAGCAUCGACAUCUCCCUAUACAUCAUUGCAGCCGUGGUCAUCUACCGCUACGCUGGUGUUGACGUCGCCUCCCCUGCCCUGGGGUCAGCAAGCCCUGUCGUCUCGAAAGUUGCCUACGGCAUUGCUUUGCCAACUCUCCUGGGUCGGUAUUGCCGCGAGUCUGUGGGUCCUUGCCUGGAUCAUCGCCGAAGCUAUUCCUGUCUUCAGUAA